AUGAAAGAAGAAGAGAAAAACAAAAUAACGCUAAAUGUUCAAGGGCUAAAGAACAAAAUCAAUGGGUUUUGCUUGUAUAAUUUAAAUUCCAUGGAUAAGAAUGUUGAGGACAUUGUAGAAAUAAUAUGCCAGAACAUACAACUAAACUGCGCAGGCCUGACCAGAGAGCAAGCCGACUUGGUUCUAGAUAUUGCGCGCACUCGUAUUUACAUAACUGUUUGGAGGCUGAUCCGAGAGGAAGUUGACAUAACAUACAAGAGAGUGGACAGGUCUUUGGACGAGCACAAUUUAAUCACAAACCAACUACUUACCAUCAAAAGAAUGGAGGAGAUCAUGACCACAGAACUCCCUGCUGCCGAAAGAGAUUUGUUGGCCAGCAAGGUAAUCAGUGUCGGGCCUGCAGCAAUAGACCCCGACAUUGUGGAUCGAAAAGCCCUGGUACUUAAGUUGGAAAUUCUUAUAAAAAGCAUAAGAAGGGAUAUUGCAGAGGGCAUGGGCACAUCCACGGAGGAAAGCAGUCGAGGCGCUAAGCUGGAGAUACAAAGGUUGGAGCAAGCUUUAAGCACGUGUGCGCUGGAAAAAGAAUCAAGUCUGAAGAGGGUAGAGGGCAGCAAAAGCAGUAUGAAAGCUUGCAUGGAAAAUGUCAACCAAAAAAAAAGCGAGCGCGUCGAGCUCUUUGUGAGCACGCUUGCUUAUAGGAACAGUCUUGAUGCGAUUGAGCGCGAACAAAACGAAAAGAAGCUAGGAAGGUGGCCAGUUCAUGUAACAGAGAGUGAAAAUGCGGUUUUUAAGGGGAAUCGGCACGUUUUUUGUUUGAACCAGCUGAUGGAUUUUCAAAAAGGCGCGUACUACCGUAUAAAAGAAAUCCUAGAAGUGUGGAAAAAGGGAAGGGCGGAUUUAAACAACUUAAUAAUCAAACUAAAGGCGCAGACAUAUGUGCCCGCAGAGUACAAAGACUCGGCUUUCAAUAACGAAGGCGGCGGCCCAUCGGUCAAGCCCUUCGAAACUCUAAGGAGAGAGCUUAUGUCGGCGAUCGAUGAUGAAAAGGCGUGGGUGAGCUCCGAUCAGGGGCCGUCUAUCCCGAGGACAUAUUUCAUGGAAGCUCGGCACCGCGAUGCGUGCUGCACACUGCAGAAGAUAGAAGAGAUAGACCGCGUUAUAGGAGAAAAAGAAAACAAAGAGAUAAAAAAAAAUCGAGCGCACAUUAAAGAGCUAGAGCGGAAAAUGCGCGAGGAUGAAAAGAAAAUAUCUGAGUUGAAUGGGUUAAAGCGCAUUCUGGAAUUCGAAAAAGAAGUCGAGUCCCGUUUGAAUGCGCAGCUAGUUGAUGCGUAUAACUCUUCUUAUUUUUUGAUCGAAAACAUUGAGUUCAAUAUCGAAAGCCUAAAGGACCAGCUGGAAAACGGGGGAAAAAACAGCCUCAAGAAAUUGGCCCUGAAAAAACAGAUUCUAAAGGCUGAGCAAGCGCGGGAUGAAGAAAAGGAGCGGCUGGGCCAUAUUUACAGAUCCGUGCGUUCGCGUUUGUUAGAGGAGAAACUGCCGAAAAUUUUUAACAGAGUCGAAUUCCUCAGGAGUUUGCAGAACACCAUUCCGAUGGAACAAGAAAAAUGGAGGCUCCGGCUACAAGAGCCAUUUAUAACCCCGGAACAUGAAGAUUACACUUACGAAAUCAAAAACGAAAGCAAGCAAAGGAGAGCCUUGAUCCGGAAGCUGGACGCGAGCGGGGCUGAGCUGAGCCAUGCUUCAAAAACGCUGGAAAAGAUUGAGGCCGCAUUAGCGGGCGGCCUUAAGCUAGCCGACGCAUACGAAGAAGUGUUCAACAUACUCAAAGUCGACGAGAUAUACUGGAAAAUAGUUCUAGAAAUGCGGAAUGAACUGGAAGAAAAGGAAGAAAAUUCGAGCCCCAACCUUUCUGAUCUCAACUCGUUUAUGGUCCAAACGAAAAACAAUUAUUCGUAUGUAGACUCUCCAGCUGCCAAUGCCAAUGCUGAGUAUGUGAACAGCAUAGUUCAGCAGAAUAUAAGCGAGAAGGUGGAACAAAGAGCAAAGCGGGAAAUGAGGCUCACUGCACAAAACCCGGACAUCGUUGAAAAAAUGGAUGUCGACUUUACUGAGACGAGCCCCUCGCUGCCCGAGCCCUCCUUCCAUUUGCCAGUUGCUUCCAUAGUGAAUGAGGUAGACAGCUUUGUUUGCCAUGUUCUGGACGAUGUCGCCAAGAAAGGGGGCGAUGCACACGCCGAGCUGAACAACCAUCUUAACGACUCUCUGGCUUUGUUUGAUUACGAGAGGUCCUUGGACACAGCCCAGCCUAAGAAGGUGUCUAAAGGAUGUGCGAUAGGCAAAGUCCGGCUAUGCGUAGGCCUUUUGGCGACGAUGGGGAUGCUUUGCUUUUCUGUUGGCGCGGUAGCCAAUGCAAAGUCGAGAAACGACAGCAGCUCGAACAGCUCGAACAAUUAG